GUUUGGUGUGAAUGUUUCCUGUGAAAUGUUUGGUGUGAAUGUUUCCUGUAAGGUCAGAGACACCGGACGCUGAUGAAGCUAUGCUAGGCUCGAGAGCAUGAUGGAUAACCUUCGUGCCAAAAUUAUGAAACGACUGUUGUGAAGCUGCGGGAGGAAAACUGGCGACACGCGGUGGGACGGUUUUGGCCCGGAGCGCUCUCCUAUGAGCAUGAUGGUCAGCUAACUAGCCUCCAGGCUAACGUUUAUGUGCUUUCUGCUACGGUGGAGUCUGGAGCAGGAACAGUGAGGGUUUGGAGGCUCGCUCCAGGUGGAAUAAUGUCCGACUUGUGGGCCUGCCUGAUGGAUCGGAGGGUCCCGACCCACAGAGUUUACGGCCCGACUCUUACAGGACUUGCUGGGCUCGAGUCCAGGCCCAUGCUGGAUAUGAAACCGCCACACGCUGCGUGCUAAACCGAAGGAGGGCAGUCCACCGAGCCCAUUGGUUUCAGGGUGACCCAGUUUCGUGUGAGAAACGACAUUUUACGGCGCACUGGAGUUGCGUGGAGGCGUAACCGUUGACCGCUCGGUCCGGACUCGAGUGCGCUGUCUUAUGUUCACUGACUGUAUCUGUUGAAGUACAGUUUGAAGUUAAGGCUGAUGUUUGUUAAUGUUUUCAGAUUCACUCUGGCCCACUUUUUUUUCUCUCUUUUUAAUUAAUUAUUAUUGUUUAUGAAAGUUUAACUCACUGCGUUUAACAUGUAUUUCUCUUCUUAUUUUUUCUUUUAUUUUUGUUGUUGCAUAUGAAAUAUCUAUGUUUUGUACUACUUUGUUACAAAUGACAAUAUAUUUUGGUAUUCUCUGAGGUCGUUUAGUAGUAUGUUUGAGGUACAAGUAACAGCAGGAUGUUUUUUUUGCUUUGGGGUAAGAGAGCGCUCACCUUUCUAAGGAUGCCUCUGCUGGGAGAGGGGCUGUGUGGAGCAGGUGUUUCAUUUGGGGGGAUCGUGCUUUUUGGGGUGGGUAGGUGGGUGUGUUCGUACGGUGGGGUGUACAUACACCAUAUCCUCCUUUUUUCUUUUUUUAUUUUUGCAGCUUGUUUUCUUGUGUGCUGUUGUUUUUGUUUUUUCUUUUCUUUUCUUCCUUCCUUCCCUCUUCUUUUACUCCCUUAUAGUAAGGGUUUGUUUCUAAACAGCCCAGUCUAACACCUCCCCACCUGUUGUGGGAACAGAUAUUAAAUUUGUCCGUUUAAAGGCCUGAACAAUCCAAUAAACACAGUGAGGUUCUGCAUUACCUCAGACACCGUGAUGAUCAUAUAAUCUACCUGCAGGAAACUCAUUUGAGAAAGCCGGAGACCUCCAGGCUGAAAUGAAGCCGGGUUGGACAAAAGUAUCUCUCCUCCUUGUCUGGUAGAUCCAAAGGUGUGGCUCUUCUUUUACGUAGAGCUAUUCCCUUCGGUCACUCUGAAACAGUCUCUGCUGCGGUGGGAAGAUGUAUUAUUGUCACUGGACAGAUUCACGUAUUACAGUAGUCCUUGUGAAUGUAUGUGCUCCCAUCAGGGAUGAAGAAGCCGUCUUUCAACGGCUCUUCUCAGUGUUACCGGAUUCGUCUGUACGCUUCUUAAUUAUGGGAGGAGACUUCAGGUGCGGGAUGGAUCCUAUUUUAGAGCGCGUUCCUCUACCGCAAUUGCUCAAUCUAAAUCAGCCAAAACUGUUAGAUCUUUUAUGGAAGAGUUUAAUAUAGUUAAUUCCUGGCACCUCUUCAAUUCAGCCAAAAGGGAAUAUUCAUUUUUUUCGCAUGUUCACCAUCACUUAACACACAUUGAUUUCUUCUUGGUGGACUACAGGCUGCUCAUGUCCGUUUCUAGUUGUAAAUAUGACCCUGUUGUCCUGUCGGACCACACAUUUGUCUCCAUGAACGUCUAUUUAAGUUCACUAUUACACGGCCAUCGUGGCGUUUAAAUACACACCUACUAUUAGAGGAGGACUUAGUUGAUUUUGUUUCUAAGCAGCAAGAUUUUUUCUUUCGAGUUCACAAAACUCCAGACAUAACAGCGUCUUUGUCGUGGGAAACAAUUAAGGUUUUCAUAAGAAGAGAGAUUAUUUCCUACGUGGCACAUAAAAAAACCUAAAAAGAGAGACUGGCUGAAGAAGGGUACAGAAGCCUUACUCUACGGCUCUUACUGCCCCAUAAGUUUGCUGAAUGUUGACUUUAAAUUAUUGUCAAAAUUGCUGGCCCGACCCUUAUAAUCCAUCCGUCAUAUCUUUGGACCAAACCAGGUUUAUCCGCAAUAGGCACUCUUUUUCUAAUUUAAGGGGGUAUUUAAUGUGGUGUACAACCCUUCAUCAACUAAUCUCCCGGAGGCCUUGAUAGCUCCUGACACUGGAAAGGCUUUCGAUAGUCUGGAAUUUGAUUUUUUGUUUUGGAGAAAUUUGGUUUCAGGGCAAAAUUUAUUUCAUGGCUUAAAUCAUUAUAUGCAUCUCCACAGGCCUCUGUUAGGACCGAUAGCAUACAUUUGGGGUAUUUUCCACUCUGUUGCUCCACUAGGCGAGGUUGCCCACUAAGCCCUAAUGGGACCUCUAUCAGUUGCUCUACAAUCUAACCCUAAAAUUUGUGGCAUAACUGGAAAUGAUGUAGAGUUGAAGAUUGCAGUUUAUGCGGAGGAUCUUUUGUCACUUGUAUUGGAUUUAUCCUGCUCUAUCCCUACAGCACUUUCGGCUUUAAAUGCAUUCAGUAAGGUCUCUGGAUAUAAACUGAAUCUCAGCAAAAGUGAAAUAUUUGCAAUCAAUAAAGCUGCUAAAGAGUGUCCACUUCAAGACUUUCCGUUUAAGACUUCUAACUCUGGCUUUGUUUAUCUUGGGGUGCAUGUGGCUGACACUUAAGAUAAUCUCUACAAGAAAAUUUUUAUUUCUCUGCAUAGAAAAAUUAAACAAGACUUUCACGAUGGUCCCUCCUUAAUCUGGCUAAGACUGUUAAGAUGAAUGUUUUCCCAUCCUUUUCAUAUUUGUUUCAAUGCACUCCAGUCUUUUUUAUUUCCCUCUCCUUCUUCUGUAAAGUAGAUACUCUCAUCUUGGAAUUUAUUUGGAGUAACAAGCCCCCAAGGUUACGACGUCAGAUUUUACAGAGUCCCAAGAAAUUGGGGGAAUGGCAUUACCUAAUAUUCUGUUUUACUAUUGGGCAUCAAAUAUAAGAAACCUAAAUUAUUGGCUUUGACAUUAGGAGGCUCCUCCAUUAUGAUUAGCUGUUGAGGCCUAAUUAGCUUAUCCGGUAACAUUGAAGGCCUUACUGUAUUCACCUCUCUGCUCUUCCACCUCUGUUCAUACAGCAAAUGUUAUUGUGGCCUCCUGCCUAAAAAUCUGGGUUCGAUUUAGCGGCCUUUUGGCCUGCAGACCCUUUCUGUUAGGGCACCUUUGGCAGUAAACCAUAUUUUCCCCUCUUUCUACCUGCGCCAGGUUAGGAAUAAAAACUGUGAAGGAUUUAAUAUGUAAAUGAUGUUUUUGCAUCUUUUGAACAGUCAUUAUUGACAUUAGUCAACAAGUCUUCACUUCCUAAAGGACAUUUUUUCAGACGCCUUAAGGUUCGCAAUUUUGCACGUAGUUCAUUUUCUGUUUUUCCCACCUUUCCUAAUUAUGUCGAUCUUGAUAUCUUCUUGGAACCUCUCUUCUCAUUUAAGGGGGCAAUCUCAAUUAUCUGUUACCCUGUUUGGACUCUCCUCGCGCCUCAAAGCUAUCUGGGAGGCGGAUUUGGGGGACGCAAUUCCGGAUGAUUUUUGGGGGAGGUUUUGCGGAGGGUUCACAGAUUUUCUGUGUGUGUUAGACACAGUUUUAUCCAGUGUAGGAUUCUGCACCAAGACCACUACGCUUAAGCACGUCUUAAUAAAUAUUAUAUUUAAAUAUUUAAUACAAUAUACAAUAAUCUCCCUCCUGCGUUCGAUGUCAAUAUACACCAGCAAACUAUCUGCACAUGUUCUGGCAAUGUUCCUGUUUAAAUGCAUUUUGGACGGAGAUUUUCGACAUGUUAUCUGUGGUUGUUGGGAAGACUCUUGUCCCUAAUGCUAUCGCUGCUUUGUUUGGUAUGCUUCUCCUCGCUCAGUCUCUCUUCCACCAAUGAGGAUAUGAUGCAUUUACAACUCUGUUAGCCCGGACACUGAUAUUGUUAAAGUCCUCAGCUCCACACACCCAUGCAAUCUGGGUCAAGAGAUGCUGGAUUUUCUUAAACUGGAAAAAAUUAGGAUGACCCUGUCUGGGACUACCAAUGCAUUUAUAAAGACAUGUAAUCCCUUUCUGUAAUAUAUUAAUAGCUCAGCCUGCAAUGUAUUUUUGGACUGAACACAAAGGUCUUGCUUUUUAGCCCUUUUUUUCUUUCCCCUUUCUUAUUUAUUUCCUUGUUUUUGUUUAUAUAACCAUGUCUUUUUUUAACUUGAUGUUAUGACGACUAAUAUUUGUUUAUUUAAUGACGUACUUUUCGAUGUCAAUCUCAAUUCUUGCUUCUUUUAUGGGGUAUGCACCAGGGUCGGGGUGGGUGUGUCUGUUUUUGUAAAUAAUAAUAACUGUAUUGAGUUACGGAUUGUAACCGGAGGGGUAUGGCUAUGUGGAAAAUCAAUAAACAAAGUGUGAAUGUUUCCUGUAAAAUAAUGUGAAUGUUGAUAAAUGUCAGUGGGGGGGAGGGGUUGCAGGUGGACUGAGGUAUCUGAGGGUGCAUUUGUUUUGUUCACCUGUGGCUGGUUCUCACAGGGAGGGCCGGCUCUCAUCAUGGAGAACGGACAGAGCAGCAGCAGCAAGCUGGGCCUGCCACCGCUCACAGCCAAUCAGCAGGAGGCGCUGCAGAAGGCGAAGAAGUACUGCAUGGAGCAGAGCAUCAACAGCGUCCUCGUCAGACAGACGCAGCAGCUCGGCAGCCUGCAGAUGGCGUCCCUGUCCAUGGGUCUGGGUGACGCUCUGUCUCCUCUGCAGUCGGUGGCGGCGCAGCGUCAGAGAGCUCUCGCCAUUAUGUGUCGAGUGUACGCGGGCUCCAUCUACUACGAGCUGGGCGAGGACACCAUCCGACAGGCCUUCGCUCCCUUCGGACCAAUCAAAAGCAUCGACAUGUCCUGGGACUCCGUCACCAUGAAACACAAGGGUUUCGCCUUCGUCGAGUACGAGAUGCCCGAGGCAGCUCAGCUGGCGCUCGAACAGAUGAACUCUGUCGUCCUCGGAGGCCGAAACAUCAAGGUUGGAAGGCCCAGUAAUAUCGGCCAGGCUCAGCCAAUCAUCGACCAGCUAGCAGAGGAGGCGCACGCCUUCAACAGGAUCUGCGUGGCGUCCAUUCACCCCGACCUCGCCGACGACGACAUCGAGAGCGUCUUCGAGGCCUUCGGGAGGAUCAAGUCCUGCAUGUUGGCCCGCGAACCGACCACGGGACGCCACAAAGGCUACGGCUUCAUUGAGUAUGAAGGACCUCAGUCUGCUCAGGACGCCGUUGCCUCCAUGAACCUGUUUGACCUCGAGGGUCAGUACCUGCGGGUGGGGAAGGCUGUGACUCCGCCCAUACCCCUCCUCACGCCCACGACUCCUGGUGGGCUCCCUGCUGCCGCCGCCGCCGCCGCCAAGGUAACCGCCCAGGAGUCGGUGGGAGUAUCCGUCCUUGGCGCUCUGGCUGGACUCCCUCAGGCCGUCACGGCCGCUCAGGCUCCGUGUGUCAUCACUGGUAUGACACUGGUUCAACCUGGCGUGCCCCAGGUGGGUUUGGUGAACCCGGUGCUGGCCACGCCCCCGGCUGCAUCCUUUAUCUCUGAGGGGACGAGGAAAGAGGAGGCGCAGGAGGCGCAGAGCGACAGCACCACGGAGCCGCUGAGCAAGCAGCUGAGCAUCAGUGGGAACAGUGCCCGACACAUGGUGAUGAGGAGGCUGCUCCGCAAGCAGGAGUCCACCGUCAUGGUCCUCAGGAACAUGGUCGGACCCGACGACAUCGACAACGACCUGGAGGGCGAGGUCACCGAGGAGUGCGGGAAUUUCGGGCGGGUGAAGCGCGUGGUCAUCUACCAGGAGCAUCAGGGCGAGGAGGACGAGGCCGAUGUCAUCGUCAAGAUCUUCGUGGAGUUCUCGGAGGCAUCUGAGAUGAACCAAGCCAUCCGGGCGCUCAACCGACGCUGGUUCGGAGGACGCAAGGUGGUCGCCGAGGUGUACGACCAAGAACACUUCGACAACAGCUACCUGUCGGCUUAGAACACACACACACACACACACGCACACGCACACACACACACACACGCACACACACACACAGUAACACACAGUGUGUCUCCAGUCCCAGUUUAGUGGAGCUCUGGUCCCA